AAACUGCUAACCAAUUCGAAACCCUGGCUGAAGACCCAAAAUGAAAGUAUUCUUUGUACUGACUGCUCUGCUGGCCGUUGAAACAGCCGUGUCCACUAAGGAGCGCAUUCAUGGCGAGAACGGCUGGUAUGUACCGAAAAUAGACGGCACCAAUGAGUGGAUGGAUCUGCACAAGGCCAAGAAGCUGUUGGACAACGUUGGAAAAAUCCUUUUCGACGCUGAUGUCUCCUUCUAUCUUUACACCAGAUCAAAUCCAACCAAAGGCAAGAAAAUCAGAGCCUCAAAAUCGUCUAUCAAUGCUUCGUACUUCAACAAGGAUCAUCCCACGCGCUUUGUCAUUCAUGGCUGGACUCAGAACCACUCAGACUCAAUGAAUACCGAAAUCACCAAGGCUUGGCUGUCCCGUGGUGAUUACAAUAUCAUUAUUGUGGAUUGGGAGCGGGCUCGCUCCCUUAACUAUGUAUCCUCGGUGAUUGCUGUGCCCGAUGCUGGCGCCAAAGUGGGUGAAAUGAUCAAGUACCUGCACGAUAGUCACGGCAUGUGCCUGAAGAGCCUAAUAGUCAUUGGUCACAGCCUAGGCGCCCAUGUUGCUGGAUAUUCUGGCAAGACCGUUGGUAGUGGUCGUAUCCAUACUAUUAUUGGUCUGGAUCCUGCUCUGCCCCUCUUCAGCUAUAACGAGCCCAAACAUCGUCUGUCUUCCAAUGACGCUUACUACGUGGAGACUAUCCACACUAAUGGCGGCAUUUUUGGUUUCCUCAAGCCCAUUGGCAGGAGCGCUUUCUAUCCCAACGGCGGCAUCCGACAGCCGAGAUGCGGUUUCCUCGGCAGCAGCAACUGCUCCCACAAACGCUCUGUCACCUACUAUGUCGAAGCCAUCACCCACAACAGCUUUGCAGCCAUCAAAUGCAGCAACUACAUCGAAGUUAUCGAAAUGGAUUGCGGCAGCACCUACAGACACGUUCGCAUGGGAGCCGUUACCAACGCGAAUAAGGUUGAAGGCACCUUCUACGUUCCUGUGAAGCGGAAUGCACCGUUUGGCUACAACAAACUAUCAACUGAUUCGAAGAGGAGAGUAUUUUUCUGAAAAAGUUCAAUUAUAAUCGUUUUAGUCAUGGUAUAA